GCUCCCAGCUUCAACAUUCCUCUGAGGAAAGUGCCUCUGAAAAAGAAGACAUGAGGUACUUCUGGUUCAACCGGGGGUCAGGUCGAGGGAUCGACCACUUUCUCGGAGUCUCGACCAGAGUCGCAACCGCGGUCACCUCCACGAGAGACCCCUUUAUCCCCUCCCCCGCCGCCGGGGCCACAGCAACAACAGAAACAACCACAACAACAACAAUAGCAGCAACAGAAACAACCACAACAACAACAACUGCAAAGAAACAACAACAACAACAGCCCUCCAAGACCUCGCAGGAGCGAUCUUCCUCGCUUCCUCCUGAGAAGAACCCCCAGCACAAACCUGAUUCCCAAUCGACCUCCAAGUCCUCGACCUCCUCGAAAACUGUCGACCAUCAACACAAAUCCGAUGACCGCCUGAAAACCACUGACCGCCAUCAGAAAUCAGAUGACCGCUCACAGAAGACAGGUCCUCGAGCCUCCAAUCCCAAAGAUAACUCUCGAGGCCAAACUGUCGAUAAAGCCUCCGAGCCCAACACCUCAUCCAAAACCAAAACCAAAAAAAAGUUGCCCCUCGCCCACCAAUCCUCCAAAACCACUCCUGUCGUAUCGACCAAAGCUCUAGUCGAAUCCAGCAAUCGCGAUGACGGGGGACGCGAGUCAGCCUUGGGCAAAAGCUCUCGAACUGAGCAGGGCGAGGCCGUUGCCAAGCGGGGGCGCGUUGGCUAUCUUCCUCCUGAUCCUCUCGCCACGAGGUCGACUUCCCUGCUGUCCGCCUCUGUGAAUGAGGUGGCCGAACGCCUCGAGGGUGCCCAGCAGCCCCGUCAGCAGGCACAGAGGCAGCCUCAGCAGCAGCAACAGAGGGGUGGACAGCAGGCCAGAGUUUAUGCCAUCGAUCAGGCAGAGGCCGAGCAGCAGCCAGGUACCAUGUCCGGAUUGGUUAUUUUUAAUAAUGUUCCUGUGUUUGCUUUGUUUGAUACUGGAGCGACACAUACCUUCAUUUCACGACGGUGUCUUGACGCCAUCGGAGUUCGCGCAACUACUGCUAUCGAUCCUCUCGAGGUGAGUUUGGCCUCGGGACGAAAGAUAGUGACUUCAGCUAAAGCCUCAGAUCUUAGCCUUUCCAUCGGUGGCCGAGUUUUGCCUACUGACGCGUUUGUUCUCGAGAUGAAGGACUUCGACCUUAUUCUCGGAAUGGAUUGGCAAUCCUUCUAUGAUGCAGAUAUCAAGUGUCAUGACCGGGAGAUUACUCUUUAUCUUCCGAGAGACGAGUCGAUUACUUUCUUCGGCUCCAGAAACCGUUCUUUUCCUCAGGUUGUUUCUAUGGCGAAAGCCACUAAGUUGCUGAGACGAGGCAACCACCAGGGUUACCUGAUGAGCCUUGUUGAUGAUUCUCAGAUAGCACGUUCACCUCACGAUGUUCCAGUCGUUCGAGAGUUCGUGGAC